GUCACCUAAAAAGCUCGUUGCAGUUUGUUUUUUAAAGAUAAAAGUAAAGUAUAAAACAGAAUUUUGUAAGUUUUUUUUGUGAAUAAUACUUAUUUCAUAAUAAAUGAGCUUCUAAGCAUAGCAUUUAAAACCAAUCUUUGAAAUAACCAUUAUUUAUUACGAAAUUCGUGAAAGAAUUGAUAUUAGGCAUAUACAUUAAAUUAACCAUCCAGAGGCUAUGAAAUUUUAAUAUAAACUAUUACAACUUAUGUAUAUGUUCGUGGUGUUGUAAAAAUGUUUGGUACAAAAUUCAAAAGAAAAAGUUCUACAUAAUAUAUAAACGCAAAAGUCAUAAUGGAGCGAUCACCGAUUAAAAAUCAAAAAACCUCACCGUUUAUUGAAGAAAAAUCAUUAAAUAAUCAGAAUUCUGUAAUGGAUUACGGCAGCAUUAGAGGAAAAACCAUACUCGUUAGUCCAAAUGAAGAGCAAUUUGAAUUAUUAAAACGAAAACUUAAAGAGCGGGUUAUUGAUAGUCGGGGUGAAACAAUUUAUGAAAUAGGGGCUGGUGAAGAUGGUAAUGAUGGUGGUUUAGACUCUGAAGAGUACGCAGCUUCUGUUGCAACUCUACAAUCACUUGCAACGACGAUUGAUGCUGAUGCUGUUCUUCUUCGAGAACGUAAAGUGGAAAAAGGAAUUAUCGGGCAAUUUCUAAUUCGAAAACGUGUUGACACUUCUGAUUUUAUGGAAAUUAGAGUGGCUGUUGUUGGCAAUGUCGAUGCUGGAAAAUCAACGCUAUUAGGUGUUUUAACACACGGAGAACUUGAUAAUGGACGGGGACAUGCUAGACAAAGGCUAUUUAGACACAAACAUGAAAUGGAAAGUGGUCGUACUAGUUCGGUUGGCAACGAUAUUUUAGGGUUCGAUAGCAUUGGGAAUGUUGUAAAUAAACCAGACCACGGAACAUUAGAUUGGGUUAAAAUUUGCGAAAAAUCAGCGAAAGUAAUCACUUUUAUAGAUUUGGCUGGUCAUGAAAGGUAUCUGAAAACUACAGUUUUCGGAAUGACCGGUCAUGUUCCUGAUUUUGGAAUGUUAAUGAUUGGCGCCAAUGCUGGAAUCGUUGGAAUGACAAAAGAACAUUUGGGUUUGGCAUUAGCUUUAUCGGUACCUGUUUUUGUGGUUGUGACGAAGAUUGAUAUGUGCCCUCCAAACAUAUUGGAAGAUAACUUGAAAUUAUUAUUCAAAAUACUUAAAUCACCAGGAUGCCGAAAGGUGCCAGUUAUGGUAAAAAAUGCAGAUCAAGUCGUUAUGGGUGCAACCAACUUUGUAUCUGAGCGUCUUUGUCCAAUAUUCCAAGUAUCUAACGUGACUGGCGAAAAUUUAGAUUUAUUGAAAAUGUUUUUGAACUUACUGACAACUCGAAUGCCGGGCCAAGAUGAUCAACCAGCUGAAUUUCAAAUUGAUGACACCUAUCUUGUUCCAGGUGUGGGAACUGUUGUUUCGGGCACAUGCUUACAGGGUUUAAUUAAACUUAAUGACAUUUUAAUGCUUGGUCCAGAUCCUGUUGGGCAGUUUACGCCGAUUGCUAUUAAAAGUAUUCAUCGAAAACGUAUGAAUGUUAAGGAAGUUCGUGGAGGGCAAACUGCUAGUUUUGCUUUGAAAAAAAUAAAAAGAUCUCAAAUUCGAAAAGGAAUGGUUAUGGUUAGCCCUGAAUUAAAACCACAAGCCUGUUGGGAAUUUGAAGGAGAAAUAUUAGUUUUACAUCAUCCGACAACCAUAUCUGAGCGUUAUCAAGCAAUGGUGCAUUGUGGAAGUAUUAGACAAACUGCCUCCAUUUUAGAUAUGUCACAAGAUUGUCUACGAACUGGUGAUAAAGCUGUAGUUAAAUUUCGUUUUAUAAAACAUCCUGAAUACAUAAGACCGGGACAACGAAUGGUGUUCCGGGAAGGUCGAACAAAAGCUGUCGGUAAUGUUUUAAAACCAUUGACGAAUUCGGUGGCUGUGCAAAAUCGUCCAAAACCUAACAAAAUGCAAUCGCGUGGCGGGCAGAAUCAAAAUCAAAAUCCUAAUAUUCAAUCAGCGAACACAGUAAUUAAUCGGUCAAUUCAAGGGAGUGGAAAUAAUGCAACUGUAAAGGGAAAUCUUUCAGAAGGAGUACUCGAAUUAAGUAUAGAUAAGAGGUCAGCUGGAGCGGGUGGCAGCAAUAACUCUAAUAAACGUAACAAAAGGAUGAUAAAUAUUGGAGGAGCAAAUCAUGCAAUGACAAAAUUACCGUAAUUAGAUAACAUUUAAGGAAAUGUUACGAAAAUUUAAGGAAAAUGCCACUAAAUUAAUACAAAAUAUCUUCCCACAUAUUAAACUCAUAAACUACUUAUGUAUGUAUAAAAAAUUCAUAUAAAUUUUAAGAGAAGGACCUUAAGUAAAAAAAAAGUAUGCAAAUUAAAUAUUGUAGAUUGAAAUAAAAAGUUUUUGGUUUAAAUUGACCAGAUAUUUUAAUAAAAUAUCUAACAUGUUUUUAAAUAAAGUAA